AUGAUUCUCGCUUUGGGUGCGAGAGGUCGCGAGUUCGAUUCUCGCAGUGCCCCUCCCUCAUGGAAGCGUAUUUCCGGCGGAACGAACUGCCGACCUGAAUUGUUACCUGCAUCGUCUCUUCUCCGUGGACAGCACAGUGCUCUUCCCGCUUGCAGUGACAAGGAUGUUUGCCACCUAGUGCCAAAAAUUGCUCAUGAGCCGAACCAGGAUGCGGGGCAGGAGGGGGGGAAAGUGGGCAGUAAGAACAGGAGCAAGAGCAAGAGCGAGAGAGAGAGCGCGAGAGAAAGACAGAGUACCGGAAGGAAUGACGGAGGGUGGGAGAGAGGGAGGGGGAUAGUUCACCCCACAUUUAUAUCGCAGCAUCUGUAUUCACUAUUCGAUCCUAUCCACGGGCGGAGGAAGUUGGAGCAGUUGCAUCUCAGUCCGGCGAAGGUGGAUGUGAUGGAGCAGCGGUUCCUGAAAAUCUUGUUCCAGGUAAUGGAGAAGAGCAACUUUCAAAUACUGAACGAUGCCGAGGUAGAACUGGCGCAGUCAGGCCAGUACCUUCUAAAUAUGCCGAUUGCGGUUGACAAAUUCAAGUUGGACAAGAGGUUGUUUACAACAUAUUUCAAGGAGAAUAAAGUUGAUGAAGUGCCUUCUUAUGCGGAUCAGUACGUAAUUUUCCGACGCGGAAUUGGAAUCGACAGAACCACAGAUUAUUUCAUCAUGCCCAAGCUGGAUCUCCUCAUUGAACGCACUUGGGGUUGGGGUCUCGAAAAGUUGGGGCUGCGGAAGGUGAAGACUGAGGAAACUGUGAACCUACACUCUUUGUCGAGAAAGGGAUCGAAAGGGGAGAAGAGGAUUCAAGACGGCGCGCAGAAUGAGGAGAAGGCUCCAGGAGCUGACAACAACGAGCUUCGGUUUGAACGUAUUCGAAUACAAAAUAUGGAUCUCAGUUUCAAGAAUCUGUUCACUCAGAAUACAGUGCAGGAGCCCACAUUCGACCGUAUGAUCGUGGUUUAUCGGAAUGCCUCGAAACCACACCACAUCCUUGAUCCCCUGGGAGACAGAGCCAUUCACAUCCGGCAUUUUCGAAAUAUUCCUAUGGCAGACAUGGAGCUUGUUCUUCCUGAGAAGAAGAAUCCAGGUUUGACACCUAUGGACUGGGUGAAACUAACUAUAUCGGCAGUUCUUGGCCUGGUUGCCUUGAUUGGAUCGACAGAAUCGGGGAAAGGUGACGUAUGGGUGCUAGUUGCAGUCCUGGGUGGCAUAAUUGGAUACAUUGCAAAGAUAUAUUUCACGUUCCAUGCCAAUCUGGAGGCGUAUCAGAAUCUUAUUACUCAAUCCUUGUAUGACAAGCAGCUCGAUAGCGGAAGGGGAACUCUACUCCAUCUAUGCGAUGAUGUCAUCCAGCAAGAGGUGAAGGAAGUGAUUAUGGCUUACUUUGUGUUAAUGAGCCAAGGCAAAGCUACUGAUCUGGAAUUGGAUAAACGGUGCGAGGAGUUGAUGGCCACAAAGUUUGGUGAGAAAUGCGAUUUUGAUGUAGAAGAUGCACUAGAGAAGCUGGAAAAGUUGCAGAUCAUAACGAAAGAUGUGAACGGGAAGUACUCGCAUCAACCUCUGAGAAAAGCCAACGACGCUAUAGGUGAAACCACCGAUGAGCUUGUUGAACGGAGAAGCCGGUGAUUAGAAAAGGCUUUAUGUUAUCCCUAUCGAGAUUCAAUGAAGGCUGCAGGGUUUUGUAAGAGCAUUGGAAUAACUGCAGGCUUGGAGGAGGAAAUUUUCCUUGUGAUAUUCUCUGACAAGUAGUUUUGGACAGGUUUGUGUGUUUGUAAAUGCGCAACGCACCGUAGUUUGUUCCAGCGCACAACACAACCACUGCUCAGCUUUCUCCCAAGUGUAGUAAAAUGGGUUUUUCUAUUCCACAUCCAGGCCCAUCCUUGGUGUGUAUCUGGGUGCUUCAGCGCGGGCUGCUAUUAGCUUGUAUUUUCAUCAGCUUUUACCUUAUUUAGGUCUCAUGCUGAGGUCUUCACACGCUUUUGAAUGGGCGUGGAGGAGCUUUAGCUUGCUUUAUACGUAA